AUGAUGAGCGAAAGAGAGAGGAGAGAGGAGAUGGGUUUAUAUUUCAAACAAAGAUUAAUUAAUAUAAUCAAUACAUUUGAUAGUAAUCAAGAUGUAAGAGAUGGUAUACUUCCAUAUAUUUGGGUACAUUCAGAGGGACAAAAGGAAUUUUCUCAUGGUCAAUAUGCAUUUGCAAUUUAUGGAAAAUUGGGAGGAUUAGAUGUAUUAAAAGGGGUUGAUUUAAAAAACAAGGAUCCAAAGACUAGUUUUACUGUUUGCGAUGCUGGCAAUUCAAGAUAUUUUGAAAAAGUUCAUACAUUGGACAAAAACAAUUUUAAUAUUGAAAGAUUGCCAGAUACCAAAGCUACCACUGCUGCACCUACCAUUGCGUUACAGACAAUGAGCGAAUUAUUCAAAUCACCCUUUCAUUCUGAAAGUAUGAUUAUCAAAUCAUUGUUUUAUUUCACACACCCUGCUCACCCAGUCCCCGCCCUGUCACCACAACCCAUUCGUAUUGCCAGUGAUAGAGUUCGUGCCAACAAUAUAAACGGACCAAAGGUUGAACCCUAUCCAACGCCAGAACCAGAUAGUGGUGAUUCGGUUACCAACCUUUUGUAUCCAACCGACCCAACAACACAACGUCUCUAUGUCUUGUUUUCUAGACAAUGGGAUCUAGACUAUUGCCAUUAUUUCAAUGUCCGUCAACUCGCCGAUACACCAGGUAUCCAAGUAGUGUCGGCUGCCACCAAUCGGGACAAGAUUAUUCAAGUUGGAUUUCAAUCACUACUCUUAAUUGAGCUUUUAAGAAUGUCAACUAUCGACUUGUCACAACCAGAUGGAUCGAAAAAACAGGAAACAUUUAUUUUCCCUACCACCUCUGCUUCUCUAGAUGACAAUUGGAAGUAUCUAAUCGACCAAGCAUUUGACUAUUUCUCUGUCAAUUUUGUUCAAAACUUUAGAUCCUAUGAAAAUUGGAAGGAAUUUCUUGAUUCUAAAGGUUAUCCAAAACAAAUUCAUCAAAUUGUAAAAGGGCACUUUUUGUGGUCACAAAAGAUUCAAAAGUUAUAUAGAGGAAGUAGGAAAUUGAUGGAUUUUCAAUUUACAAUGAUCCCAAUUGACCCUCCUUUUAAUAUUCCCAAACCAACUUGCAAACCAGGUACCACAAUCAAAGAGUUUCCUUAUGAAUUCAAAGCUAAAUGGAUCAAAGUUUUAAUUGAAUCACCUGGUUCCGUCGCAACUACAAUGACAAUGACACCAAUCCAACAAACACAGUUUGUAACUGAUAUAUCCAAUGACUUUUCUACCAAAUUUGAAAGUUUCUAUUCAAACUCUGAAAAGAAAGUUCCUGUUUUAUGUGCUACAAAACCUUUCUAA